AUGGCAAAACGCACCCUCGACGCAUUCUUCAAACCAUCCGCACCACCACCAAAACGUCCCAAAACCUCCUCCGAACCCACCACCUCCAACUCCACAACCUCCCCAGAACCCCCAAACAUCCCAACCGAAGACCCAAAGCCCCCAAGCCAACACCCAAGCUACCCAUUCCCAAUCCCCCAACUCCCCAGCCACAUCUCCAUCGCCCUCGAACACGCAACACCCGCAACCCAACCCAAGAAAACAACCAACCAACCACACCUAGACCUCCUCACCUUCCAACCCUACAUCGCCCGACAAACCUCAACAGCCCUCUUCACCUUCCUCCUCCAAUCCCUCCCCUUCUACCGCGUAACCUACAAGAUCCGACGCGGACCCACAGAAACCCAAAUCAACACGCCACGCUUUACAACCGUCUUCGGCGUCGACUCAACAUCCACAUUCGCGCAAACAGACACUUCCUCUCCCCUGGGGCUUCUAGAAACGCAUACCAACAAUCCAGUCCCGAAAACAAAAUACCAAUGCGUUCCACGCCCAAUACCCGCCUGUCUGGAUCUGCUGCGUCGAACAGUCGAAAAGGCAAAUACAGAUAGCAAAGGGCGAACCCCGGGGUACAAUUUCUGUCUUGUGAAUUACUACGCCAGCGGCGAGGACAGUAUCGCCUUCCACUCUGAUGACGAGCGGUUUCUAGGUGCGCAGCCGAAUAUUGCCUCGUUGUCGCUGGGUGGGGAGCGGGAUUUUCUGAUGAAGCAUAAGCCUUUUGUGGACACUGGUGUUUCUAAUGGGGCUGGUGCUGCAGGGACCCGGGUGAGUGGUACGCGUGUUACCGGGGUCAGUGGUACGGUUUCAGGUGGGGGAUUGGAUGGGUCUGCUACGACGCCGGUGCAGCAGAUUAAGAUGAAGCUGGGGUCGGGGGAUAUGGUUGUUAUGCGGGGAGAGACACAGGCGAAUUGGUUGCAUAGUAUUCCUAAGCGGAAGGGGAGGGCUGGGGAGAUGACGAGGGGGAGGAUUAAUAUUACGUUUAGGAGGGCUGUUGUGCCUGGUGGGACGGAUAAUUAUUAUCGGUAUAAUGUUGGGAGUGGAGGGAUGUAUCGGUGGGAUGAGGUUGCGAGGAAGAUGGUCUUGCAGGAUGAUGGGAAGACGUGCUGA